AUGUAUAAUAGUAAUGUUCCAACUGUUGUACAACAUCCAAUUAUUCAACAACAACCUAUUGUUCAACAACAACCUAUUAUUCAAUCAGUUCAACAACAACCUAUUGUACAACCAGUUCAACAACCAAUUGUUGAAGAUGUAUCAAUGAGACAAGGUACUAAUGUAGUAACAGUUGAUCCUAAUGCAUUUAUGAGUACUAACAGUGUUAAUAAUAAUAGUUUCAAUUAUAAUAAUAAUAUGAGUAUUACAUCUAAUAAUAAUAAUAAUAGUUUUAAUAAUAAUAAUAUGAGUGUUAAUAGUUUCAAUAAUAAUAAUAUGAAUAAUAAUAUGAAUAAUAGUUUUAAUAAUAACAAACAACAAUCAUUUGAUUCAUUUUCAAGUGGAUCAGGUGGUGGAGGUGAUUCAUCAUUUGUAAUGACAAAUUCAAUGGUACGUUCCAUUGAUCAUAGUGUAUCAGAUUUUCCAAUGGAUGAAAUAUCAACCUAUUCAAGUAAAAGAAGUACCAAUAGUAAUAGUUCAAGUGGUGGUAAUAAUAAUAGUACAAUGACAUCAUUUACACAAAAAACCAAAACUAUUGAAGAAUUAAUGCAAGAAAAGUAUAGUAAUAUAUCAUUAUUAGGUAGAGGUGGAUUUGGAGCAGUAUUUAAAUGUGAUAAAAUUAUAAAAAAAAAGAAUGCACCACCACAAACAAGAGCAGUUAAAUUGAUUGAAUUUGUAUCUACAGAUGAAUUGAAUAGAUCAUUAAGAGAAGCAUUUAGAUUAUGUGGAUUACAACAUGAAAAUGUAUUAAAAGUUCAUGAUGCCUAUGUAUUACAAAUGGGUACAUCAGGAUCAUUGAAUGAUAAAAAUACAAUGUGUAUUGAAAUGGAAUUUAUACCAUGUGGUGAUUUGGCAGAAAAGAUUUUAAAAAAAAAGAUUUGUCUCUCUUGUGAAAUUUUAAAAACAUCAUUAAGAUGUAUGUGUGAAGCAUUAUUAUAUUUAUAUGAAGAAAAACAAAUGGUACAUCGUGAUAUUAAACCACAUAAUAUAAUGAUUAGAUCAAUGAAUUUAGAAAAUAAUGAAUUAGAUAUUGUAUUAGGAGAUUUUGGUUUAGCUAAAUCAGUUGGUGAUUCUGCAAGUAGUGCUUCAUUUGCAGGUACAUUACAAUACAUGUCACCUGAAUUAUUCAUGAUGCAACAAGGUAUGUCAGAAGAAGAACAAGAUGAUCAAGAUGAUCAAAAUGAUCAAGAAACUUUACGUAAACAUGCACAUGCAUCUGAUAUAUUUGCAUUAGGUGUUACUUUUUAUCAAUUAAUGUCAUUAGAUAUGAAUACUUCAAUCACUGGUUUAGUUAUGAAAUUUAUGGGUGAUGAAAAGAAAUUAUUUACUACUUUACGUGAAAAAAUUGCUAAAAAUUCUUCAGAAAAUAAUAUUCAAUAUGAUGAAAAUUUUAUUAAUUUAAUUUUAAAUAUGGUUAAAAGAGAUCCAGAUGAAAGAUUAAAUGCAGAACAAGUUUUAGAAAAAUUAGAUGAAUUAUAA